GAAAAUGACGCGCCUACCUAAACACCGGCUUUUAGACUUCAAUAAUUUCACGAAUAUAGUCCAACUAAGCACAAAAUAUUUUCACUCGACUGUGAUCUUUCUGACAACAUGGGCAACGAGAAAAAGGUUCUUCCCGAUUCGAAACGAGCAUGGAUGACACUGGCGACUUUGAUAUUCUCACUAUUCGCUAGUGGCGGUUUACAAAUGUCAUUUGGAACUAUCCUCGGCGCGCUAGUUCGAGAAUUUGGCGAGUCUAAAAGCACGACAGGUAAAGUCUACAAUUAUAUUUGAAUAUAUAGUUAGGGUACAAGUAUAGAAUAGUUUCCCGAAGCACUAUGACGCGACAUAUGGUGGUUAACCGAAACUUAUAUGAUAUAAAGAGAAUGAAAUCAAAUGUCAAUGGGCCGGCAGUUCUGAUAUUGAUCGAACCCUCAACUGAUGACGGAUCGAUUGUUGUUGGUUCACGCAUCACGUUUUCAUGAAUAUCUAUACUUUGAAUUUAAUGCGUCGCGCGUUCGCGUUAUUGCUGUGGUUCAAAUUUGCAAGUUAGAAUUGGUUUGGCGAAAUUCAUGAUGCGAUGGUUUUGUACAGUAACUCAGUAAGUUCAUAAGCGCAUAUGGCAGUAAUUUGUGACAUCACGCAAGCAUGUAGACGUUGAAAAGCUGGCGAGAACUCACAGAUCGAAUAUAAAUUUAUAGUAUAUAUUACUUCCUUGAAGGACUGUUUUAACAGAUUUAAAUACGUGGAAACAAACCCGAGCGAAAAGGUUUGCUGUCCAAAUAGGCGGAAACAUAUAAACAUUGGCUACUUUGAGAAUGAGAGAUUUGAUAAAGGUGAAUAUAUAUGUAUUAACUAUAAGAUCCGCUUAAUACAAUCACAUAAAGAAAUUGUGAUAACUGAACGCCUUCAUGAAAAUGUUAAAUAUCAAAUACACACGUUGAACAAUAUUAUUAAAGUUUAAGAAUCUGUCGGGGCCGCCUUAGCCAGUAUUCCAGUCCACCGCCCCAAAAAUGGUAGCCUGUUUUCAACUGGUGUCAAAAGGUUAAAUAAUAACAAGACAGAAACAUAAGGACACAGUUCGUGAAGGUUCAUCAUUUUAGCGCAUUCCAACCGCUCUACGUUUUCAAAUGUGAAGCAACUCCUUAGGUUCUCUCAAUUCUCAACUACAACGUGUACGUGAGAAGGACGGUUGCCAAAACAGUAGAUUUCGAAAAACGUACAUCAUUAUCGGAUUGUCAGGCAGCCAAACCUUCCGGGCAGAAUAGUCACGAGAUAUAGUCUGGUAAACCUGUAUCUUGCUGCCCACGUCAUAAAACUUGUCUCUACAAACUUUUUUAAUUCAGGAUUGAAACUUGUCCUAGAACUAACAAGGUUAAACUGAAUAUCUUAGAUCAAAAAUAUGAUUGUAAUAUAUCACACACAACAAACAGUAGUCAUUUGAAAUACCCUGAAGACAAAAGUGCGUUGAAAAACUAGGCGAUACCUGUUAGUUCAUGAACACUAAGUGAGAUCCUUAUAUAUAAAACAUACAUGGUUGCGCUGAUUAUGCUAAUCAAACGUUCGCGUGUAUAACUCUGCGUCGAUUUUAUACAGAAUUUUCCCAUUCAAAUAAUAUAUAUCUCAUUAUCAGACAUGCAGUUACAAUCCUAUCAAAAUUGUGAAACAUGUUAUUAGUCUCACUAAUAACUUCCCAUGAAGCGGUUUUUGCCAUUGAAUGACUGCCGUGUGCAUUCAUCUGUCAUUUACUGGAUUAACUAUCCAAAGUUCGUUUCGCUGUUAGGAAAAACUUGUUUUUGACUAAAAACUGGGUGGUUUUCACACGCAAUUCUGUUUUUAUAUUUCUAAAUCCCUUAACAAUAUUUCCGUUUUACUCCCAACUUUGUCAAUGCCUUGGGAGUUGGGAAAAUAACAAGUCACACGCAAAAUAAUAUUUAUAGUUUUGUUCAGUAAAUUUCGUGUAGUUUUAUCGCCCUAAUUUUUACAAAAAGAAAAAUAUUGGUCAACUAUUGUUAAAUACCCUCAAGAAUAUCCCGCAAUACAAGUCAUGUCUCUACCGAUACAUUCCAAGUCCAAGAUGUCUACAAUAUAAUUGAUAAGGCCAAACGUAGAGAAAUAGAAUACUUUGCAGCCGUUUAUUCCGAGUUACCGUUGUUGCAUAUUCAUGAAAAUACGAGACCCAGCUAGAUUAAGAAAGAUUUCUAAUCUACAACUGGUACAAAACAAGUAACAGAUCCACAGACUAUUUUUCUUUGCUUGAAUGUUUUUAAUAAUACGUAUAUUUCUGACGAUAGUGUUGAAAGCUCCCUUCUGAGAACAAUAUUUGGUUAAAUCAACGUCACAGUACCGACUGUAGUGAUUAUACAUAACAGACAUGCCAAUACAGUGACUAAAAUUUUGAUUUGUUUUCCAAACCGGUAUCACCCAAAUGUGAACCGGUAACAGAGAAAACUUAAAAUUUGCGGUGCUUGCUAGAGUCUUGAGUUCUCACAUGAUGUCACAUGCGAUUGACAUGAAAUUAUAAUCGGACAAUUAUUAGAAAUUAUAAGAGAGAACAGUUUAGGGAGAACAGUUUAGAACUGAUAGAGGUACCCAGUAUAAAUAAAGUUAGUUUAGGUUUCCUCCUGUAGUAACACUGAAUCAAUAAGAGAUGAUCCUUACUGGACAUCUAGGAAGAACAGUUUAGAACUGAUAAAGCUAUCCAGUAUAAAUACAGUUAGUUUAGUUCAGGUUUCCUACCAAUACAGGAUGACCUUUACUGGACCUCUAAGAGUUAUUUCUAAUCGGGUGCUGUUUCUAACCAAUGCAUUUCUUUACAUCUAGCUUGGGUGGGAACACUGGUGGCAUUCUUCAGUAGUGCUGUUUCACCAGUAGCGAUAUUCUUGGCGCAAAGACAUGGCAUUCAUACAACACAAUUUGUCGGAGGAGCCUUCCUAACUGUCGGAGCAGUCGCCACGUCAUUGGUCACCACCUUAAACUACAUGUAUCUUACAUAUGGCGUUCUAAUUGGCAUCAGUGGCGCAUUAAUAUAUGCGCCUGCCAUAGCAACAAUCCCAGAUCUCUUCACAAAACAUGUCUCCAUAGCAACCGGUAUUGCGUCAACAGGAUCCAUGAUUGGCUUAAUAUUUUUCUCGUUUGUACUACCCACACUACUGGACGAGUUUGGUUGGCGCAAAGCAUUAUGGUGCGUGGCUGCAAUUGGACCGCUGAUCGGUGUGAGCGGCUUCUCACUUCCAAAGACUGUAUCAGAUAACACUUGUGAUGCAAAUGUUGCACAGCAAGCCCAAGAACCUUGGUGGAAAUUGGUCAAGAAGAGAGCAUUUAUUUUGUUGAGCAUUUCUGUCGUCUUGUUCUCGUUGGUUGAUUUUGUGCCGCUAUUCAUUGUGGUAAGUGUGAAAGUGAAGGAAUAAUUACGUAUUUGCAAUGAAUAAUUACGUAUUUGCAAUGAAUAAUUACGUAUUUAGCUUUAUUCUCUUGUUUAUAGAGUUAGCAACCUUUUUAAAUGCAUCUGCCGGUUGAGAAAUAAUAGUUAAAAAAUGUCCAUUAAAAUACAAUUAUCAAUGAUGCUUUAAAAUUGACGCCAUAUUUACAGCCAUAUAAGCAAAACUUACUGAACUUUUCCUCUUAACCAUCAAAAAAAUCUUUACAAAAUACAAAAUAGAUAAAGAAGAAAGCUGAUAGCGAUGGAGUCAAAAAGAAAACUUGUCGGCUGAUAAUGAAUUUGACUUCCUCCUGGAAUUAUUAAAUAUUUGAGUAAGCACCAGAAAUAACUGGUCAGUGUUAUCAGAUGUAUAAUCAUUCCAAAUUCUAUAUAUUUAUCUCUUAUUUUCUUCCAGCCUCUGUGUGCCACAGAAUCAGGAAUGCCUCAAACACAAACGAAAUGGUUUAACAUCGUCUUUGGCUUUGGCAGUCUGAUAGGACGACUCAUCUCUGGGCCACUGACAAAGCCUCUACUCCGCCGAGACCGAUGCAAAUAUCUCUUCCUGACUUGUCUAUUCCUGUACAGUCUCUCAUCGUUCCUUGUAUCCUUAACUAUCAAGUUUGAAUACUUGAUGUCCUAUAUGGUCCUUAUUGGUCUCCUCAAUGGUACUAUGGCUAAUCUGUUUUUCUUGGUUAUACUGGAAGUGGUUGGUCUCGCUGGAUAUCCAACCGCAUGCGGAAUAAAUCUUGCCAUAUGUGGUCUCUCCUACACAACAGGGCCACCUUUAGCAGGUAUGUGUGCUGGUCAACUGCUUGUAGUCUGAUUGUUGCCUAACAUUAUAGUGGGUACUAGCUUGAUCAGUUCUAAACUGUUCUUCCAAGAAGUCCACACAGGUGAGAUCAAAGGCCGCGUUGAGGCCGACUCACGGACACAGAUGAAAUCAAAUGAAAGUGACAGAAAGAAUGGACUAAUCCCCAAUUAACCAAAAUUUUGAUCUAAACAAGACUAGAUAAAAAUUUUAUCACAGCUUGAAAGAGCAUCACAAAAUUAGUAAUAUUCCAAAGCUUCGUUGCAAACUGUUGUAAAAUGCGGAUAAUAUAGCCUUGCGAAGUUUGCAAUUUUCAGUCAUUUUAGAUUACAAAUGGGAAAUGGUUACCACUUCUGCGCGUAAUACAAAAUGCUGAAAAUUACAAACUUCGCAAGGCUAUAUUAUCCGUAUUUUAUAACAUUUUGCAACGAAACUUUGGAAUAUUACUAAUUUUGUGAUGCUCUUUUAAGCUGUGAUGAAAUUUUUGUUUAGGCUAGUUAAGAUCAAAAUUUUGGAAAAGUGGUAACCAUUUCCCGUUUGUAAUCUAAAAUGAUUGAAAAUUGCAAAUUUCGCAAGGCUAUAUUAUCCGCAUUUUACAACAUUUCGCAACGAAACUUUGGAAUAUUACUAAUUUUGUGAUGCUCUUUCGUGCUAGGAUGGAAUUUUGUCUAGACUUGUUGAGAUCAAAAUUUUGGUUGGGGAAUGGUCCAUUAGAGCAGUUUGCAGUUGUGUUUGCAAACGGGCGCACCAUGCAAAUUUUACCAUUUCUCAUGCUUCUUUUGCCAAAUCAAAAGAACAACAUCUGUGAGUCAAAAACCUAAACCAAACUAAGUUUCUCCAAAAAUUUAAUGAAAAUGAACAAUCUAUUUUUCCAGGUCUUCUCUACGAAAGCUUUCACAACAUCAAAUAUCUCUUGCUAACAGUAUCUGGGACAACAUUUCUGUCCGCAAUUGUCAUGGCAAUAAUACCAUGUGUUACGCCACGUCGGACAUACAUGUUACAUCAAAGUGACUAUGAUUUCUGGCGGGUAUAUUGUCACAAUCCAAACAUCAGUCCAAGAAUGCCGAGGCAACGGACAGUGUUUACUGUUAGUGAAGUUGCAGUUGAAUGUCAGGCUAACGAGAACUUGGCAUUCGAAAAAGAUGAGAAGGUGAAGACGAAAACAUUGGCUCUAUCUGUUUCAAGGACAGAGCUUCUCCAAUCAGAAGAAAUUCCUUAGCCUACUACAACCCAACAUUUGGUAUUAUGAAAAUCCAUUCACGUGAAAAAAAAUCUCCGAAAAUGAGAAAACUCUACCAGAGGAAAAAUAGCAAGGAGUAUAAGUGCCAGCGCUCUCCCGUUGACGAGUGUGAAAUCAUCUGGCGUUAGUAAAAUAAUAAAGUAAGGUGCAUUGGGGCACAAUGCAACUCAGUAGGUUAACCCAUGAAUGCAAUGCUUUCUCCUCGUCGAGAUAAUAUUUUCCAGUUUUGAACAGAGUGAAAUACAAAAGCUUGGUGGUUGAUAUGCUAUACAUAGUCAACCAGGGUUUUCAGUUUAGGCCGGCGAACGGCAAAUUUCGCCAGACUUUUUCAUUCAGCCCCACCCAAAUUCGCCAGAGCUUUUACAUAAAUAUAUAAUCCAUGUGCACGAAUUGAUUGUGAAACUUAACUCAGGCCCAGUCUAGGCUUUUCCCUUUUACCGUAGCUUCAUUGCCAUUAGCCAGAGCCUCACACAAAACUGAAAAUCCUGAUAGUCAACUAAGCCAAAUUGUCAAAAAAUGUACAUAAUAAAUAUAGAUACAGUAAAUAUCUUAAUAUAUACCCCUUUAUUUAUGGUAUUAUAGUAAUGUUAUUAUAUAUUGUGGUAAUAAUUGUAGUAAAAGGCCCAUGUAAUAUGUGUAAUUAUCAGUGCAUUUAAAAAGCUAGAUACCUGCCAAUAAAAAUAUUAUGUACAAUACUACAGAUGUAAUAUUUUAUAACAAAAUUUAAUAAAUGUGAAAAUACAUAAAUUGAUUGAUGGCCAAUAACAAUAUAAACAAAUACUGUAGGUACAUAAUUUUAGAAAAACUUAUUUGAAACCCUCUCCCAAUUAACUCCCUGAGGCAGUUUGCAGAGCGUGG